AAAAAAGUUGCUCGCAUCCCUUGCAAAGGCGAGCUGGCUUCUGGAAAGCUUUAUAAAGCUGGUGCACUCAGGCGCCUUUAACUAGUGCUCUGUCUCCAGGCUGCUAGUUCCUUCUCUCUCACCAGCACAUUUUCUGUUUCGAAAUGUCUGAACCCACCUCUGGCGGCUCAAGCAGCAGGAGACCAUUAGCUUCCUAUGUUGGUCGGAGAAUCACCCCUUCCAAUAACUCCAAUGCUGAAGAGAAUGAGGUACUUGAUUUUGAGUACUUCGGACUCAGUCCUAGAGGACCACCCAACCUGGAAGCGUUCCUGGAGAUAUGGAGCGUUGAUAUUCAUCCAAAUCCAGAUGACGUUAACAAGAGGCAGCAUCACACAGCGCUGUAUGAUUGCAGUAACCUGAUUGUGAGACGUGGUCAGUCUUUCCAAAUCACCAUUACCGUCAGCCGAGCAUUUGAUGUGGAAAAGGACAAGCUGUGGAUUGAGUUUCUGAUUGUUUAUGAGUUAAUUUUGAUUUUCUGCUUUAAGGUAAACAGUGACAUAGUCUACUGGAACAGACAGAAGGAUGGUUCCCUGAUUAAGGGUGAUGUGAAGACUGAUGAAAUUGGAAAAUUAAUUCUUACCAAGGAGAUUGAAUCUGAUAACAGGAAAGACAUCACAGAUCAGUACAAAUAUGAAGAGGGCAGUCAAGAGGAGAGGAUGGCACUGGACACAGCAAUCCAACAUGGUGUGAAGAAGGAACAAGCUGUAACCGAUGUGACAAUGGAUGUAUCUUUAGAUAUGCAUGUUCCUGAGAAUGUUCUCCUAGGUACCAACUUCAUUGUGGAUGUAGAGCUCCAAAACAACAGCAACGAAAAACGUAGCAUGACUGUCUUUCUGAGUGGCAAUGUGGUGUUCUACACUGGAGUCCCGAAAAUUGAAAUUAAGAAGGAGACCAUUAAAGUGACUGUGGAACCUAAUCAAGUUCAUCGGGCUCAAGUGAGGAUCAAGUCAAAGGACUAUGUCGAUCACCUUGUUGAACAGUCCAUCCUGCACUUUUUCAGCAGUGGCCACGUCGAUGAAACAGGGCAGACCCUGGUUGUCCAGAAGGCUGUACCCCUGCUGAUUCCAAGGAUGAACAUGAGAGCUGAAGGCCCAGCGAUGUUUGGGCAUGAGGUAACAAUAGUCAUUGAAUUUACAAACCCUCUCAGAAAGCCUUUGGAACAUCUGGUUCUUCGCAUUGAUGGACUUGACUCACGGAAACCUAAGUUAAAGCUGUUCAGUAUCCUCCCAGAAAAUGCCACCUUAACAACAAGGGAAUUGUUUGUGCCUCGGAAGCGGGGUCAACGCAAAGUGAUAGCGAGCCUGGACUGCAGUGCAUUGAGGCAGGUUGUCGGAGAGUUAGAAUUAAAUGUUACAUAGGAAAUGUAAAUGGAGCAAGCAGAGAACCUUCUUCUAAUCUGCCUUAAAAAGGAGUUUUCUGAAGACGUAAUCUGGAGCAUGUAUUAAAUGAAAAGUUUAAAAGGCAAUUCUGAUGUUUUCAUCCUCCUAUUUUUGAGCUUGUUUUCAUGCUACUUAGUAUCAAUUUUUUUCACUUCAACCAAUAUCAAAUUGAUGACAACACUUAAGAAAUUUAUCCUUGUUACAUUUUACCUAUCCGUGCUUUCUGUAGUGCUUAUGUUAUUGUAUGUUGGAUACUAAUAAACUAGAACAGGGAUUAUAUCAGUAGGGUGUUAUUUCUUUUCACCUGUGGCUAUACGUAAGCUUAGAUCAAAAGGAAUGUGCAGACAUAGUCCUGUGUCUUGUUACUUUACUGGGUACCUGAAAGAAAGGGAUGUUUGUUUUCACUUCCUUUCUCAACUACAUUCCUGUGUCCCUUCUGGAUCUGUUCUGGAAUACGGGAUCCACAAGUACCAGACAAAUAUUUUUCGCCCAAGUUGUCAUCUUUCAUACGUCAGCCCAUGUGGUGUUUGCCAGAAAGCUGUUCACCCUGAAGGGACAUCACAUUUGGAUACAAUCCUCUCCAUGUCCUGUUCCCACCUACAUUCACUUCCCUGCAGUUGAGGGUGGUUGACUGGUUCAUAACCGAUAUGUGGGGGUGUGGGUGGUGUUAGGGGCUGGGAGGCAGAGAAGGUGCAGUGUAUAGCUGAGAGCUACAGAAUCUUACAUCCUUUAGCUGUCACCAGGCAGCGAUCUACUCCCUUUUACUUUCAAAAGUAUUCAGAUCAUACCUAAGUACAAGUGCUAGUUGCCAUUACAAAUUUUGCUUUUCUUUGAAUGCAAUGCAAGACACAAUAUUGAAUAUUUUGAUAUUGAAUAUUUUGAUAUUACUUUACAUAACUUUUGUAACCAGUAAGAAAUAGAUAAAAUUGUAUGAGCUUGCAGUUUUACGUUUAUGUCACGUAACGGCGACUAUAUAGGACCAGCAUUAAAAGUUAUCAAAGAUGAGAGAAGUUGGACACUGGAGGCCUCUGAAACUUGGGACAGUUUUGUAUGAAAUGUGUCUGUGCUGGCUCUUUACCAGGAAACUGCCUCAUUCUGUCCCUGCACAAAGCAUCCCGCAUAUGGUCAAGGGAUUCAUCUCUUCCUCCCUCGAAAUUUGCCCAUCCCAUACCCUGGCUGCUGAGUACUAUAGAGAUUGUGGUUCACAGGCCUGGGCUUAUAACUGUCCUAGAACAAAGGCCACAUUGCAAAAGACAGUACCACUUAGGGCACAUGCCCUGACUUGUUGGACCUGUCACCCUUGCAGUUGAGGACCAUUGGUUACAAUAUUCAGGCUGACACAGUUUCAUGCAACCAGAGAUAGUGUACUGCUAUCCCCUAGCUCUUUAAAUCCAACCCUACCACUGUUUGACAAUUCUCUAAUCCAAAAGUCUGGAUUGUUUGGCUGUAGGCCACAUAUCGCUCAGAAAAGAAGAUGUUUGUGAUUCACCUGGGAGAAAUCUGUGUGUUCUGAGCCUCCUACCUGAGUGUCAGGAGCAAUGCGGUUGCCCUUAUAAACGUCACAAAAAAAAUGCUAAUAUGCGUCUCAGCGCCAGGGACCCGGGUUUGAUUCCACCCUCGGAUGACUAGAUGUUGUUUAAUAGGGUGUUUGCUAUGUUUAAUGGACUAAAGUGCUUGAUAGAUGCAUUUAUGAAACAAAAUUUGACACUGAGUCACAUAGUCAUGAGGGCAAGAAAUAGAGUUAGGCUUUAAAACCAUCAGAAAGAGGAGUAGGAGUGGGCCAUUCAACAAGACAAUGGCCCAGCUCCACAUAGCCCUUAACUCCCCAAUAAUUCAAACACCUAUCAACCUCCUGUUUAAAUACUAUCAGUGAUCUAACCUCUACACCUCUCUUCGGUAGAGAAAUUCUGACAUUCACUGCCCUCUGAGAGAAGAAAUUCCCCUAUAUCUCAGUUGUAACAAGUAUCCCCUUGUUCUGUAACUAUGACCCCUAGUUUGAGAGUCCUCCACUAGGGGAAACAUCUCUCAACAUCUAUGUAACAUGGUAUGUUACAAUAAGAUCACUCCUCAUUCUUCUAAACUCUAAUGAAUGAUGUAGCCACUCUCGAUAAGUUAACCCCUUCAUCCCAAGAAUUAGCUGAAUUUCUUUUGCACAGUUUCCGAAGACAGUAUAUCCUUUUCUUUUUAAAUACAGGGGCUAAAACUGUACACAGCACUGCGUGUGCAGCACCACCGCUAUUCAGUACUUUGAGGAAUUUCUCAAAGGAGAAGAGAGGGGGAGAUAAAGUUUUGGGGGAAAGAAUUCCAGGACCUAAGCAUCACUGGCAGAGCUAUUAAAUCCUAGCUGGAAUUGUGUAACUCUACUACACCAGUAUAGAUAUUUGGAGGCUCCAUUUUUGAUCCACUUAAUGGAAUCUAGAUUGGAAAUCAGUAUGUCAGUCGACAGUGUGGCCCGCAUAUACAAAAAUUUACCACAAGAUUUUUUUUUAAAGAGGUCACAAAUAAUACAUUGCAGAGAAAGCAGGUCUUAAGGAUUAUAGUUGCUUACAUAUUGCCAGCAGCAUUGCCUCUUAGGAAUACUCAUUGAGGGAUCACAGACUGCCCUGGUUUCCUGAUGGGCAUUUCCAGUGGGUUAGCUUUUCCUCAAUGUAUAUAUCAUUAUAACACCAUAAUGUGCCAUGAAUUCUAUUAUGAGAAGCUUUAUUUGUAGGUUUAUUUUGUAUCACUCAUUUUUUAUAAUGUGCACAAUCAUUAUUCCAAGUUGAUUGCCAAUAAAAUGAACUUAUCUGUAA